AUGCCAGACCACGCUGGAACAGCCGCCGCCGCGGCGCCGCAGAGCGGCUCCAACCCGACCCCUCCGAAAGAGCUAUACCCCAUGGUCAACUGGAAGUAUGACCUCUUCCUCUGGGUUUUGGGCGUAUUGGUCGACCUUUUCUUCCGCGAAGUUCACCCUCGUGGCUCCUGGAAAGUUCCCAAGUCGGGACCUGUUCUCUUCGUCGCUGCUCCUCACGCCAACCAGUUUGUCGAUGCUCUCAUCCUUCAACGCACCCUCCGACACGAGGCCGGUCGUCGAGUUUCCCUCCUCAUCGCGCAAAAGUCUGUCCAUGGCUUCAUCGGCUGGGGUUCGCGUCAGGUCGGCUCCGUCCCCGUCGGGCGCGCCCAAGACGCUGCCAAGCCCGGCACUGGCGUGAUCUAUCUGCCCGACCCCAUCAAUGAUCCUACACUUAUCCGCGGCAUUGGCACCAAAUUUGGCCAAGGUGAAGGCGAGGUCCACGGAAUGCUGUUCCUGCCGUCUGCCAAAAAGCAGACCGGUGCCAGCAUCGAUAUUGCGCAAAUCAUUGGACCCGAGGAAAUUCGCAUAAAGCGCCCAUUCAAAGGCAAGCUGCCUCUCGAGCAGCUUACCGGACGCGACGAUAUCGAUGAGAAUGGCAACUACACCAACAAGGAUAUCAAGGGAUGCAGUCCCGGCUUCCAGGGAACCAAGUAUAAGCUCGCUCCGCACAUUGAUCAGACCAAGGUCUACGAGGCUGUUUUUGACCGUCUGAGGUCAGGUGGCUGUGUUGGCAUUUUCCCCGAGGGAGGUAGCCAUGACCGCACUGAGCUGCUUCCCUUGAAGGCCGGUGUUGCUAUCAUGGCACUCGGCGCUCUCGCCGAAUCCCCUGACUGUGGUUUGACGAUUGUACCCGUUGGCAUGAACUACUUCCACGCCCACAAGUUUCGCAGUCGCGCCGUCGUCGAGUUUGGUCCUCCCUUUGAAGUUCCCCGGCACUUGGUUGAGAUGUACAAGAACAACCAGAGACGCGAGGCCAUUGGCCAGCUCCUCGACAGUGUGUACCAGGCUCUGAGCGCUGUCACCGUCUCUACCCCCGACUACGACACCCUGAUGAUGCUUCAGGCCGCUCGACGUCUGUACAACCCUACCGGAAAGAAGCUGCCUCUGCCUGUUGUCAUUGAGCUGAAUCGUAGACUCGCUAUGGGCUACGAAAAAUAUAAGGAUGACGCCCGGGUCGUUCAGGUGAUCAAAUCUGUCAAGCAGUACAACAAGGAGCUGCGCUAUGUCAACCUUCGUGACCACCAGGUCCAGUACGGCAAGAUGUCCACUCCCAAGGUUGUCUUCCUGUUGUUCUACCGAUUUGCCAAGCUUCUUGUCCUUCUCGUUGGCGUAUUGCCCGGUCUCUUUCUUUUCGCCCCUGUCUUCGCCGCAUCCAAAGCCAUUAGCGUUCGUAAGGCGAAGCAGGCUUUGGCGGGCUCGACAGUCAAGGUCCAGGGACGCGAUGUUAUGGCUACGUGGAAGCUCCUGGUCGCCAUCUUCCUUGCUCCGACUCUUUAUCACUUCUACUCGGCCGUCGUCACCUACAAGGUCUGGCAGGAUCAUCUCUGGGGCUACGUUCCUGAAUGGGUGCCCUGGUGGACGACUUACUUAGUCAUGUGGCCCCUUAUGGUGGGCAUCACGUUCGCCGCACUUCGAUUUGGCGAAGUGGGCAUGGACAUCUUCAAGUCCCUGAGGCCUUUGGUCCUCUGUCUGACUGCCUCUAGCUACAACAUCCAACAGCUACGGGCGAAGCGAGCGGACCUUAGCUCCCAAGUGACGGAUCUGAUCAACACCCUUGGACCCGAGAUGUUCCCCGACUUUGAAAAGACCCGUUUGGUGGCAGACCCGUACAAGGCUGACGGAUACUCCCGACCGCGCACACCGCCGGCGCGCCGUGAUAGCGAUGCAUCCAGUGCCUACGAUGCGGCGACGCCGCCUUCCAUCUCUAGAAGGGCAACCCAGCAAUCGAGCCGAGGCCUGCCUCGCAACGAAUCGUACAGCAACAUCGGCGGUGUUGGUAUCUUCUCUACACGUCCACCUUCCCGAUCGAGGAGUCGGAGCAGCAGCAGCGGAGGCGGCCUCGGAUCCGGCGGGUUCCACAUCAGCGGGUUCACUACGCUGGACUCUGCUGGUGGUUUUGACGAAGCAAGCAAAAAGAUUCGCGAGGCAAUGAAGCUCCGCCGCAGGAAGAGCGGGGAUCAUAGAAUGGAGUUGGGCGCAGACGAGAGCGAGGAUGAGGAGUACAACGAGGCGCGCAAGAAGAACACAUGA